AUCCGGAAAUAGGCGGAAGCGGACUGGGGUCUUUACUAUAUUAUUUCGGCCCAGUUCCUUGUCGCAUUUCUAUUUUCAAAACCAAACAAGCCUUUGCUAAGCACAAGCAUGGAAGCUCACCCAAAUCCUAAUAGGAAGGGCAGGGCCGGUGGAAAGAAAAAGCAGCAGCUCUUCAGUGGUGACAUAGUCUUCACUUCCAAGAAUGGAUCCAUCCAGACUAUACCCUGUCUGAACAAACGGCUCAAGUCAGUCACCGAUGCUGUUAUUGGCCUGCAGUACAUAUGGGAGUAUCGAAGCCCAUCUAAGUCGGUUCCUCCCCAUUACCAGUGUAAGCUGUGUAAAGUUCAGCGGCUGCAGAAUGAAAUGGCUGCUCACAUCUCCGGCUGGAAACAUGGCUUCAAAUACAUGAAGCAGAACCACAAAGACAAGGUUCCCCAUGAGGAAGAGGAUGCACUUAAAGAUCCAGCCAUCAGGAAAGCUGUUAAAGCUGCUGCUGCUGAAGUGGAGAAAGCUGAGGGAAGAGGUCAAAUUAAGACUGUUCUAAAGGAGCCAUUUGAGGUUAUGGUGUUUCAGACCAUGAAGUCUGCACAGCCCAAUCCAGCAUUUGCAGGAACUGCUGGUCUUCUUGGGCCACCUCCAAGAGGGUUAAAACCAGGUGGUCCUUAUGGAGGUCCAAGGUACAUGGGGAAUUUCCCACCACGGGGUGGCAUGAUGCCUGAUUUCCCCCCUGGCAGGCGUGGGGGUAUGGAUGAACCCUCCAUGAGGAGAGGUUAUCCUGAUAUGGGAGACUUCACUAGCCCAGGUCGCUAUGGUAAUGGCAUGCCUGGACCAGACAGGGGGAUGAUGGAAAUGGAUGACAUGCAGCAUUUCCCCGAUGAAGGACCCAUGCGCAUGGGCCCAGAUGACUUUGGGCCUGGCCCGCGUAAUGAGGGCAGGGGCAGACCUUUCCCUGAUGACAUGCCCAUGAACAGCAGCGGCGACAGAUUGAUGGGGCCUGGCCCUAAAGGCCCGGAGAACAAUAGCCUACCGGCAACACUGCUCAAAUAUCUGGACUCUUUCCGUAUUGAAAACGAGGACGAUGCUCAGAUUGUCUUGAAGGUCACACAGAAGCUCACAGAUGUUCUGAUGGAGUAUCGCCUCAGAAGUAUUUCAUCGGUGCCCAGUGUGAAGCCUCUGCCCCCAAUGAAUUACUCAAGUCUUUCACACAACUCAAAUGACAGAUUCUCUGGCGGCAUGCCAGGUCCAUCGAGAUUCUACAACUAAACAUUGAUCUGAUGGAUGAAGCCAAGACUUGGAUGCAACCUGCUUUGCCCGUUUUUUUGACUCUUCAUGACCAAAUUUUUUUUCUUGACUUUUAAGCCGCUUUGUUUUUACAGUGUAUACAUGAGUAGAGUUAUUUUAAAUGUUACCUUUUUUUCCUUUCUCUUUUGAUGAAAGAAACCGGUUUGUAGCAACACAGUUUUAGUGAGUUAUUAAACCGUCUUUAAGUGAAGUCAGUAAGAUCCUCAAACAAUGUGACUGCUUGUUUCUAAAGGUCUGUUGCCAUGAUGUCUAAAAUAAAUUCAUAGUUCCUUACAGAA